CCGGCGCUGGCGGAGCUGGAUUUCCGCGGGAGCUGGCCGGCUGGAUGGAACAGGAGUGGGACUUGUAUGCAAGCGAAAGGCAGAUGCUCAACCACUGAGCCACCCAGGAGUCCCAAGAGUGGGACUUGUACAAUGUUGCCCUGUAAGAAGAGGAGGACCACAGUGACAGAGUCCUCACAGGACCAGGGCAACCAGGAGGAAGAGGACCUUGACCUGGAGUCAGCUAUUAAGCCAUCGUCUGACCAGGUGAAGGACUUGGGGUCAGCAUCACUCUCUGGGGGUCCAAGCCAUGGCAGAGUGGCUGGCCUCCGGGUCGAGUCAUUACAGGAUGCCAGCAAUCAGCUUUGUGUGGAGGAUCCUUCUUUGAGCUCUUUAAGCUCUAGGAUACUCACCCAGGACACGAGUGCACCAGUUCUAGAAGCUGUUGAUGCGGCCAUCUCUCAGGGAAUCACCCUCCCUUCCUUGGAAUCUUCCCAGCCCCUUCAUGCACACGUCGGUAAAGGGAAAGUCCAGGCCCCUGGUGCAAGGAGAGGGAAGAAGAUUACGCUGAGGCCUGGACCUGUUUCUCAAGAAGACAGAGGUGAUCAUUCUAUUACAAAGGAGCCUUUUUCAGGAGAGCCUGGUGAAGAAGUCAAGGAAGAAGGAGGAAAACCUCAGUUGCAUUCUGGAGGGGCGAUGCCUUUGCUGCCAUUAGGCAGCCACUCUGCAAAACCAGGAGCCCAGCCUGGGAAGUCCCCUCAGCCAGAUGUAUGUGCCUGUCCUCAGGAAAAGCCACUUGGGACUCUGGCUUCGCAAGCUGAGGAUGAGACAGAGGACGGUGGACUCUUCAUUCCGAUGGAAGAACAAAGCGGCGAAGAAAGUGAGAGAAGGCGAAGGAAGAGAAAGGGCAGCAAGAGGAAGCGAGAUGCACGGGGACCCGAGGGAGGCACGUGCACCUGUGACCUGAAGCUGGAUGAUGCGCUGGACCGCACGCUUGAGGAUGGCGCCAAGCAGCACAACCUGACCGCUGUCAAUGUGCGCAACAUCCUCCACGAAGUAAUCACAAAUGAGCAUGUGGUAGCUAUGAUGAAAGCAGCCAUCAGUGAGACGGAAGAUAUGCCAAUGUUUGAGCCCAAAAUGACACGCUCUAAACUGAAAGAAGUGGUGGAAAAAGGAGUGGUAAUUCCAACAUGGAAUAUUUCACCAAUUAAGAAGGCCAAUGAAAUUAAGCCUCCUCAAUUUGUGGAUAUCCACCUUGAAGAAGAUGACUCCUCAGAUGAAGAGUACCAGCCAGAUGAUGAAGAGGAAGAUGAGACGGCUGAAGAGAGUUUGUUGGAAAGUGAUGUUGAGAGUACCGCUUCGUCUCCACGGGGGGCAAAGAAGUCCAGGUUGAGGCAAUCUUCUGAGAUGACUGAGACCGAUGAGGAGGGGAGCAUGCUGUCAGAGGCAGAGAAGGUCCCCGCCCCUGCCGUCAGGCACAUCAGUGCUGAGGUUGUGCCCAUGGGACCCCCGCCCCCCCCGAAGCCCAAGCAGACCAGGGACAGUACUUUCAUGGAGAAGUUGCAUGCAGUAGAUGAGGAGCUGGCCUCCAGUCCCAUAUGCAUGGACUCUUUCCAGCCCAUGGAUGAUAGCCUCAUCGCAUUCCGAACCCGCUCUAAGAUGCCUCUGAAAGAUGUUCCCCUAGGGCAGCUAGAGGCAGAGCUCCGGGCUCCAGACAUCACUCCAGACAUGUAUGACCCCAAUACAGCAGAUGAUGAGGACUGGAAGGUUUGGCUGGGAGGACUCAUGAACGAUGAUGUGGGAAAUGAGGAUGAGGCUGAUGAUGAUGACGAUCCAGAAUAUAACUUCCUGGAAGACCUUGAUGAACCAGACACAGAGGACUUCCGCACUGACCGGGCAGUGAGAAUCACCAAGAAGGAGGUGAAUGAACUGAUGGAAGAGCUGUUUGAAACUUUCCAAGAUGAGAUGGGACUCUCCAACGUGGAAGAUGACGGCCCAGAGGAGGAGGAGCGUGUGGCUGAGCCCCGGCCUAGCUUCAACACCCCUCAAGCCCUACGGUUUGAGGAACCGCUGGCCAACUUGCUGAAUGAGCAACACCGCACAGUGAAGGAACAGCUCGAGCAACUGAAGAUGAAGAAGUCUUCGGGCAGACAACAGCAGGAGGUCGAGAAGGUGAAGCCCCAGAGUGAGAAAGGCCAUCAGACGCUGACUCUAGACCCAGCACAGAGGGGACGCCUCCAGCAGCAGAUGCAACAGCAUGUUCAGCUGUUGACGCAAAUUCACCUUCUUGCCUCCUCCAACCCUAACCUCAAUUCAGAGGCCAGUACCACCAGGAUAUUUCUUAAGGAGCUGGGUACCUUCGCUCAGAGCUCUGUGGCGCUCCACCAUCAGUCCAGCCCCGGCUUUCAGACCUUGUUCCAGCCUUGCAACCUGCUGGGGGCGAUGCAGCUCAUCGAAGACUUCAACACGCACAUCAGCGUCAUUGACUGGAGUCCUCGUAAAACCGUCAAGAAGACAGCAGAUGAAUUUCCCUGUUUGCCAAAGCAAGUGGCUUGGAUCCUGGCCACCAGCAAGGUUUUCAUGUAUCCAGAGCUACUUCCAGUGUGUUCUCUGAAGGCGAAGAACCCCCAGGAUAAGAUUUUCUUCACCAAGGCUGAGGACAAUUUGUUGGCUUUAGGGCUAAAGCACUUUGAAGGGACCAAGUUUCCUAAGCUGCUGAUCAGCAAGUAUCUCCUAACCUGCAAGACUGCCCACCAACUGACAGUGAGGAUCAAGAACCUCAACAUGAACAGAGCACCUGACAACAUCAUCAAAUUUUAUAAGAAGACUAAGCAGCUGCCUGUCCUGAUGAAAUGCUGUGAAGAGAUCCAACCACAUCAGUGGAAACCACCUGUGGAGAGGGAAGAACACCGGCUUCCAUUCUGGUUACAGGCCAGUCUGCCAUCCAUCCAGGAGGAACUUUGGCGCAUAGCUGGCGGCGCCAGAGGGGUAGGAAAUGUGACUGGAGCCGCUGAGGUCAGCUCAGAGCCCGGCCUGGGGAAAGGCCGCUCGGAAUUGGGGAGUGACACUCCGUAUCCACUGCUGUUGCCCAAGGGUGUGGUCCUGAAACUGAAGCCAGUUGCCAACUGUUUUUCCAGGAAGGCCUGGAGACAGAAGCGGCCGGCAGUCCUGAAGCCCCUGCUAAUUAGACCCAGCCCCUCUCUCCAGCCCAGCUCCUCCACCUCUGGGAAAGCUCCCACAAGGUCAGCCCAGUCAGAAGCGCCCCCUAGCAAGAUGGUGGUCCGGAUUCCUCCCAUGAUCCAGCCAGCCACCGUCCUACAGACGGUGUCAGGUGUCCCUCCCCUGGGGGCCCCUGCGGGGGAUGGUUUUGAGUCUCCAGCAACACUGCCUCCCACGCCCCACGAGGCCAGGACCAGCUUCCCUCUGUCUGAGCCCCAGCCUCUGCUCACCCCUGCCCCUGUACCCAAGGUAAUGCUGCCCUCACUUGCACCCUCUAAGUUUCGAAGGCCAUGUGUAAAGCCGAGAGCCUCAAAGAGGAAGGGGGCCAAGGCCUCCCUCUGUCUGGAGCCAACCUCCCUCAUCCACCCAGUUCCCGUCAUCUUCACCGUACCCGCCACCACAGUCAAGGUCGUGAGCUUUGGUAGUGGCUGCAAUGUGAUCCAGCCUGUCAAUGCAGCUGUGGCCCCAAGUUCUCAGACCAUUCCCAUCACCACCCUCUUGGUUAACCCUACGUCCUUCCCCUGCCCGUUGAACCAGCCCCUUGUGGCCUCCUCUCUCCCACCAUUCAUUGUUUCCAGCAACUCCGUGAGUCUUCCUGUCCCAUCCACCCCUGAAGAUAAGGCCCAAGUGAAUGCAGACAUUGGUGGCCCUCUGGCUGAAGGGAAAAAUGCCUUUCAAGGCCUAGAACCCAAAGUAGAGCCCCAGGAAUUCUCUCCUCUCUGUGCUCCUGUCUUCCCCAAAGAGGAGCACAGCCCAGGGCCACUGGCAGCAGACUGUGUGUGCCAGGAAGAGCUACCAGAGAACAGUGCCUGUGGCUGGACUCUUGUGAAGGCAGAGGACGAGAGGCAGGCUCUGCAACCGCUGCCCCCGGGGGACGUGGAGGAAAUGGUCAAGAUGGAACCUAAGGACCCUGGGGAGGAUGAUGCCAGUGGGUCCCCGGGGCAGGACGGCUGUGAGGACAUCAGAGAGGAAUGUGCUGUGGGCUUGGAUGCUGGCUUCCCAGGUGAGGAGCUGAGUGGUCCUAGGGAGCGGAGGGGACAGCCGGCUGUCCAGCAGGAGGAAGAGAGGAGUGAGCCAGCCGGAGCUUCUUCAGCUGCCCGGGAGCCUCGGGAUGAGGGAGACUCAGGGGACAUGAGCAAAGGGUCUCUGGAGAUGGCUUCCUCCUGUGCUGACCAUGAGGUAACACGCGGCAGCCCCCUAGGGCAGUCUGAGGCUUGUGGCAGCACUGACAGCCAGGUGGUGGAGACCCCAGCUGGCCUGGAGGAGGAGGAGGAGGAGGACUUUGAUGACCUUACUGCAGAUGAGGAGGAGGAGCUGUCAUCCGCCUCUGAGGAGUCCGUGCUGUCUGUCCCGGAGCUCCAGGAAACCAUGGAGAAGCUGACCUGGUUGGCCUCUGAGAGGCGUGCAGGCCAGGAGGGCGAGUCUGAGGAGGAGAACUCUCAGGAAGAGAAUUCUGAGCCUGAGGAAGAAGAGGAAGAAGAGGCAGAGGGAAUGGAAAGCCUGCAGAAGGAGGAUGAAAUGGCAGAUGAAGCCAUUGGGGAUCCCACUGAGAAGCCGCCAGCCCCCUUCGCCUCGCCCAGGACCGCUCCUGAAGCUGAGGCCAGCAGUACCCCGCCAGGAGAGAGUGGCAGAGCUGCUGGGAAGGGCCGGGGCAGUCAGCGAGCGCGUGGCAAGCGGGGAAGUCGGGCCCGUGCCAGCAAGGACACAUCCAAGCUGCUGCUGUUAUAUGACGAGGACAUUCUCGAGCGGGACCCACUGAGGGAGCAGAAGGAUUUGGCCUUUGCUCAGGCUUAUCUGACCAGGGUACGGGAAGCCCUGCAACACAUCCCUGGGAAGUACGAGGACUUCCUUCAGGUCAUCUAUGAAUUUGAGUCCAGUACUCAGAGGCAGACAGCUGUGGAUCUCUACAAAAGCCUGCAGGUCCUGCUCCAGGACUGGCCUCAGCUGCUGAAGGACUUCGCGGCUUUCCUGUUGCCUGAGCAGGCUCUGGCCUGUGGAUUAUUUGAGGAGCAGCAGGCUUUUGAGAAGAGUCGCAAGUUUCUUCGGCAGCUGGAGAUUUGCUUUGCAGAGAACCCCUCACACCACCAGAAGAUCAUCAAGGUCCUCCAGAGCUGUGCGGACUGCCUGCCUCAGGAGAUCACAGAGCUCAAGACACAGAUGUGGCAGCUUCUCAAGGGCCACGAUCACUUGCAGGAUGAGUUCUCUGUCUUCUUUGACCAUCUGCGCCCAGCAGCCAGCCGGAUGGGUGACUUUGAAGAGAUCAAUUGGACUGAGGAGAAGGAGUAUGAGUUUGAUGGCUUUGAAGAAGUGGCACUGCCCGAUGUGGAAGAGGAAGAGGAGCCCCCCAAGAUACCCACGGUCUCAAAGAGCAAAAGACGUAAAGAGAUUGGGGUCCAAAAUCAUGACAAGGAGGCUGAGUGGCCAGACAGUGCCAAGGACUGUGUCUGUUCCUGUCAUGAAGGAGGCCCUGAUUCCAGGCUGAAGAAGAGCAAGAGAAGAAGCUGUAGCCAUUGUGGCAACAGGGUCUGUGACAAUAAAUCCUACAAGAGCAAGGAGCCCCAUGAGCUGGUGGGCAGCAGUCCCCACCGGGAGGCCAGCCCUGGGCCUGGUGCUAAGGAAGCUGGGCAAGGCAAGGAUCUGCUGGAGGGGGAAGCCCCUGAGGAUCGAGAAGGCCAGGAGGCGUCCCAGGACAGGCCUGGCAGAGGUGCUGGACAGGGAGAGACACCAGUUCCAGGAUUGGCAGUGGGGAGCACUUCACUGUCCCCUCAAGAAGUGACUUCUACAGCCCAGCCCGCCCUGGCUGGCCCACCGCCCUGCUCACCAGAGAGUGUUAAGCUCUCCUCCAGUACUGAAAGCGUGCUCUGCACCGUUAGGAGAAACCAGGCCGGUCCUGAGGUCCUCUCCUGCCCUCAGGCAUCCCCCAGACUUCAGAAUGAGGGGAAGGAACAGGAGGCACUGGGCGAGCCACAGGCUUCCAUGCCGACAUGGGAUGCUUCGGAAACUGAGAGAUGGCCCAGCACUGCAGAGCCUUGUGCUCCCUUCCUGAGUCCCGUUUCCUCAAGGACCAGAGACUCAGGGAGAAGCCUGGUGCCUGAGAUCUCAGAUGCUCCAGAGAGUUGCUUGCUGUUGGGCAGAGCUGGGGUGAGGACAGCGAACAGGAGGUCCCCUGUUUGUGAAUCUUCAUCAGGAAUUGACACUUCAGCGACUUCUUGCAAAGCCUCUAGGGGAAGCUCGGCUAAAGAUGGUGAGAUCCAGGGCAAGGGCCCCGUGGGAGAACAGCCCCUGAAGGCCGCAGAAGCUACAGUGUGUGCCAACAACAGCAAGGUCAGCUCCACUGGGGAAAAGGUGGUCCUGUGGACAAGGGAAGCUGACCGCGUGAUUCUCACUAUGUGCCAGGAGAAAGGAGCACAGCCACAGACUUUCAGCAGCAUCUCCCAGCAGUUGGGAAAUAAGACCCCUACUGAGGUUUCCCACCGUUUCCGAGAACUUAUGCAGCUCUUCCACACGGCCUGCGAGGCCAGCUCCGAGGAGGAGGAUGAUGCCACCAGUACGAGCAACACAGACCAGCUAUCUGACCACGGAGACCUUCUGUCUGAGGAGGAGUUAGAUGGGUGACUGGGAGCACGGGGGUGUCGUUUGCACUCGCUACCCUCACCGGCCCCCUAAAAGAGGGCACUUGUAUUUUGCUGGGACACCCUUGAGCUCAGGACGCAGAGCUGGAGGAGCAGGGGCUGAGGACAAGGAUGAGGGCAGACCGGGGCUGGAUGGCAGCAUGGGCUUACAC